AUGUUCAGAUCAUUCUUACGCUUGGCCAAUACCAGCAAUGUCAAGACCCACAACAUAACCAUAUUCCACGACACAAACUCAAAGUUGUCACAUCACUUGUUAGGCAAGUUGACGGGAUACAGUCAGUUGCCAAAUACAUUUCAUAGGGCUAAUGGUGCCGGGUGGUUCCAGAAAGCAGGCGCGCAUGGUCAAAACAUUUCGCCAGCAGGAAUCAUGUCGAACAAGUUCAAUUUGGAGUUGAAGAUAAAUCAGACUCCAUCGUACCAGGAUUACUACUUUAUACACGAACACUGCACUGACAUACACCCGGACAAUUGUACCAGUUUUGAAAAGAAGUUUCCGCUUUUGUUUGAACUGCAAAAUAUCACAUUGUGUAAUCUGACCGCCACCAAACACAACAAGCAGAAACGCUUCAUCAACGACUUACUGGUGUUACUGCAAGACGAAUACAAUGAGUUGGCAGCACAGAGGAGCUUUUUUAAGGCUCCGUUGAUCAUUGAUUGGUCCAACAACUUGAUUGCAGGAGAUGACAAAGGCUUGGAUCGCAUUAUGGCCAACUACUUGGCGUGUGGAAUCCAGGACUCCCACAAAAAUGUCUUGCACGAAGACUCUUCGGUGGUGGCCGAGGCAAUGGAGAAAGAGACUCCUUCGAGCGAUGACAAUAAUCACACCGAUAAUAAUGCAGGGUACGCGACUCAAGGCUCUCCUAGACGCACCAACUCCAGAUACAACCGUAACGAUAUAAUACACCCACACGUUGCGGAAUUUGCAGAUUUGUUUUAG